AUGACUGACGACUGCUCGAUUAUUUGUUCUUUCUCCUUGCUUGACGGUGACAGUCAGGACGUGGAGCAGGACCUGAUGCCGAAGCCGUCCAGUUUCGGCAAGUUCAAUGACCUUAACCUGACUCUGACAGACGCGCAGAAGGCAGAUGGUUGGCAUUACCCGAUGACAAAGGAACAAGAGUGGGACGCAUAUGGCUACGUCGUUCGGGACCAGAUACGGUUCAGCUUGCAUGUUCAAGAUGGCCUCGUUGACGUCGUUGAGGAUUACCUUGAGACGGACAAAAAGGAUUUGAUCGACAUCAAUUUGCCAGACAAGGAGGGCAAAACGCCACUCAUGGUGGCUGCAAAGAACGGUCACGUCAAGGUGCUGGCAGCUCUUUUGCGGGCUGGAGCCGAUCUUGGCCUCGUAGACAAAACUGUGAAGGAGAAGAGAAUAACUGCUGUCGAUUAUGCCCUGGGAUGGCCCCACCAGAUUGGCAAUGAGCGGCGAGACGAUUGCCUGGAGAUACUGACAGAGUUUUUGAGGACAGGGCAUGUGCCGGACGCCCUCUCGGUUCCUGAGGCUUCGUUGUAA